CUCAUGACGCGUUUUCCCCGCGACAUUCAAUUUUGUAGCAAGUGAGCAUCUGAGUGAAACAGCUUUCCUGUCGAGGAGCCGGUGUGUUUACCUCCGCAAACAUGCUCAAAAAGAAAUCAACUAGCACUGAAAAGAAGCGGAAACACUCUCAGUCUGAAGAACGACACGAUAACAACAAACGCAGAAGCGCUGAAUCCAACCUGGAGCAGGAUGCCAAGGAUGAACUCGCUGACGCAGAGCUGGACAGGAUUGGCAGUGACAUUGAGGAGGGGGGACUCGACCUCAGCCUGCCGUUCCAGCCCAUCACUGCUUAUGUCACUGACAAGCGGGAGAUGCUGGAGCAGUGUCUGCACGUGCUGGGGGAGAAGAAGCUACGGAAAAUGCUGCCAGAUGAACUCAAGGACUGUAGUUUAGAGGAAAUCAACAAGAUGUGCUGGGAGCAACUGGAGCCGAUCUCAGACACAAAUCUAGUACAAAUCUUAGCAGGGGAAGAAUUGACAUCUGGAAAUACCAACGAAAACACAGAAGAGACCUUGGAAAGCCAGCAAGACAAUAUUGUGGACUCUACCUCUUGCCUCAAAGAAACUACAAAAAUUGAAGACCCUAAGCAAGAGGGUGUUGGUUCCGGCGAAGAGAGUGACGUCCUAAGCAUAAACGCAGACACUUACGAUAGUGACAUAGAGGGACCCAAAGAGGAGCAAACUGUCAAAGCUGUGGCGGUGAAAAUAGCGGACAGCAGCCGGGAAGGCACUGACCCAGUUGUAAACCCUGACCCAGCAAAUCCCGAACCUCCCGCGGUCUCUCAACCGACGGAAGCAAAGAAAGACAUCCAAAGCGACAUAGACAAAAGUGUCAGCGAGAUUUUAGCAUUGUCGUCUUCGUCAAGCAAAGAGGAAGCUAAAGAACAGAGUGUACCUCUGCAGCCCGCAGAUGUUAGUGUACCUGUUCAAGACGGUCCUGUUUCAAGUCGUGCGCCCGCAGCAUGUCCGCCGUCAAUUCAGCAACUGGAGCUUCUGGAGUUGGAAAUGAGGGCGAGGGCCAUCAAGGCCCUGAUGAAAGCAAGUGAUGGGAAAAAGCCUUGCGUAACAAAAACCAUGUAGCAUGUUUUAUUUGUUGUCGGUUGAAUGAUACAAUUGACAACAUUUUACAGCAUAACCCCUGAUUCACAUGUUAUGUUAUUACUCCAUAUUGGAAUGAUGUUACAGACUACUUAAUGCAAAAUUAAACACAUCAAGGCCUGUCCUACACCUACUGAAUGAAUGGCUUCAUGAACAUAACUCUAUUUACAAAUGUAAUUCUCUCUCUGGUCACUAGAUGGCAGUGUUAACCUGCCGCGGUACAUUCAUGGUAAUGUGUCCAAUGUGAAUAGGAGAGAGAUGAGAGAGAUGAUUUAUCUGCUCACAUUACAGUCAAAGACAGCAAUUAAGUCAAGUUUUUUUAUUUGUUAUUUAGUUCAGGGGUUUUGUGGAAAAAGGCGCACCAUCACUUUGCUCAAUUCCUGGAUGUCUAUGGGAUCGUGAUUAUGUUAUUUGAUCCAGUAGACACUCAACAAUUGAGCCAAGAUAACCUAAUGUUGACAUAACUUCACCUAACUACACCAAAUACAUAACUUAAAGGUCUGUUUAAACUUUUUUUUUUUGUUUCUGAGUCUGGGAAAGUGGAAAAAACAGUAACAUUCCCCAAAACUACUGUCUCUCUGAGCUAUCUCUUUAACCAAAUCGCACCCAUUUAGGCUAUUCUAUGUGAUCUUCUUUUGAUAACUUAUGUAAUAGCCAAUGUAAUAUUUUUCACUUCCAUUCACUGAGCCUCCCUUGAAACAAUUCGGAGCCCCCAUGGGGAGGUCCGCCUCCCACUUUAAAAACCUCUGUUUUAGUUAUACAGUCAGGGUAAAAAUUGGCCAAUGUUCGAGGAUGUGAGAACACCAGAAAGCUAUAUUAUUUUGUAUGUAGGCCGAGUUUUGCCAGCUAAAGUAGGUGGCAGCAGUGUCAUUCACAGUAGAAACACCUGCAGUAUUUCUUCCCUGAACACCUGUGACUCGCGAGGCAUGAUUUAUGCAUAAUACCAUGCAUCCAUCUCUUUCACAUGUGCAUCUUCUAACUGUUAAGGGUGGUUUAUAACAACAGGUUAGGCAAAGACGACAAAAUAGUUCCCAUGGCAUUACAGACGGAAUGCAUAGAAAACCAAAAGUGAAAUAAAUCCAAGAUAAUUAGACCAGCUGUCCUCACCUAUACAUCAAGUUAAAGAACCUGCCACUUUUAUCCACCAGAGGAACUUUAAAAUGUUUGCUUUCUGUCCUCUGUAUGUAGCGGCUGAAUUAAUAGCAUCCUCUCAGCCUAAUAUUGUAGCGUUUUUGCCGUGAUUUAUUCUGAAGCUGCUUUGUUCUUGUAUAAGCUGCAAUGCUGCGCUAUGUGUGCAAUUACAUGCAGAUGCAGAGCAAAACAGCUCUCUACCCCACUACCCCAAAGGAGACAAUGAAACGUGUGAUAAGAAGCCAGUUGCCUCCUGGGCAUUUGCAUUUAAAAGGGUUAUUUCAUCAGAGGAAUGAGGGCGGGGAGGGUUAAAUGAGUCUUUCUCUAUGCUUGUAUGUGCAGGUAUCUUUGUACUCAAUGGUGAUUUAAACAGGAAAACGUCUGCUUUAGUAAAAAAAAAAAAAAAAGGAUACAACGAUUCUAAAGUGCACAAAGUGUCUAUGAUUGGUGAGUAUUUAUCCGUGUCACUUUACUGCUAUUAGAAUGACAAUUAUGAUUUGGUAUGAGCAGAUAAAUGGCUUUUUAAGUAGACAUCAAAAUGAGUAGGCUGAAAAAAAUGGAUUGAUGGAGGAGAGAUGAUACUGUUUUGUUGAGGGAGUACUUUUUGAUUUGAUAAAACCCCUCGUGAUCCAUGUUAAAAUAUUGAGGUUAGGAUGCUUCCAUGAAUGGUGCGGCUAUGAAAGUCAAAAACAAGGUU